AUUAUUUAACCAGAUUUAGAGCAAAAUUAAACAACUUUAAAAUGGGAGUUGCGUAUGUUUCUCCAUGGAAAGUCCCUGCAGGUCAGAAUGUUCAACAAAACAUAGAAGAGCUUCAUAACAGCAUUGAGCAAUUGGGAGCAAUAAAAACUGGACUUUUUACUGUCGAAUGUGAAUCAUACCAUGCCGUUAAUGUAGCGAAUAGCAAAACCUUGCACUUAAUCCACAGUACUGAGUACCCUGCUUCUAGAUUUGCUUGCUUCGAAGACGGCCCUUCAAUUGUUUCAGAUGUAAUGCUACCGAGUUUUUUGUCCAAGCUACGUUCCGUCUGGCAGCCAAGAAAAGGUGGUCGUAUUGAGAGCAAAGGGCACCGGUAUGAGCUUGGCGAUUUUGUUCUCAAAACUGGUAUAAUUUCAAUGGGGCCUAGCACCAAAGGAAUUUCACUUGAAGUCGAAUACACACCGUGUGUUUACCCUUGUGACUGUUGGGGCAUUAUAACUGAGCUUUUGAAAGGAUUUGUGGGUGAGAACAUGGCCACAAACAUGCCCACUCUUAUAUUAGAAAAGUCAAAAGAAAUCUACACGCCAGACAUAACGAUGCAACAAUAUGUUGAACUGUUCAGUAACAUGAGAAAAUCAAAUUUAGUUCGUUAACGCAUUACUCAUCUAUUCCAACUUCUUUGCCCAUCUAUACUAUAUGCUGCUAAUAGCUGUGCUCGUUAAGUUAUACGCCUAUUGUAUGUGUUAAACGGUUCAGUUACAUUCAAGUAUUUAUUCCAAAUUUCACUAAACUGAAACAUAUUUACAUAUUACCUUUUUUAAGAAG